UAAAAAGGGUAACUUGAUGUUUAAACCCCAAACAAACAAACGCAACGUUCUUCUUCCUUAGCAUCAUUCUCUCCGCUCAAUCCACUCUGUGUAAACCCUAAUUCCACGAUGUUGACUUCUGCAUCAUCCUCCAUCUUCUUCUUAAUCCCCACUCCAAAGCCCUCACAUUCUUCUCGCUUCACCGUUCGGGCUCACUCCAAAUCCCCCACUCUCCCCAACCUCAAAGCCCUCGCCGGCGCCGCAGUCUUCGCCGCCGUCGCCCUCCAAUUCCCUUCCGCGCGCGCCUGUCCUCCGCCUCCGCCCCCUCUCCAAACCGACCACCGCCACGAAGAAUCCCUCUCGCCGCUCUCAGACCUCCUCGAAACGAACGCCGAGGCCCUCGCCGCUCUCAAGUCCCUCCUCCAGCAGAAGCUCGAGCUCGGCGAGGACGACGAGGCGCUCGCCAUCCUCAAGCGCCUAAUCGCCGCGCAGCCGGAUGCCGUCGAAUGGAAGUUCCUCGCAGCGCGCCUCGCCGCCGAGAUGGGCGACGCCGACGGUGCGCGUGCCUACUACGAGGAAGUUCUGGCUGCGAAUCCACUCUCGUUCGAGGCGCUGUUCGAGAACGCGCUGCUGAUGGACCGGUCAGGGGAAGGGGAGGCGGCUAUACGGCGGCUGGAGGAGGCGCUGCGCGUGGCCGAGGAGGACAACAAGAAGAAGGAGGCGAGGGACGUGAGGCUCAUCAUUGCACAGAUCAUGUUUCUUCAGAAGAAUGUGGAUGAGGCGUUAGGGAUUUAUGAUGAGCUCACGAAAGAGGAUUCGAAGGAUUUCAGGCCUUACUUCUGCAGAGGCAUGAUUUAUAGCUUGCUUGAUAGAAACGAGGAGGCGAAGGAGCAGUUUGCGAAGUACAGAGAGUUGAGUCCCAAGAAAUUUGAGGUGGAUGGGUAUUUGAGAACCCCUUUGUCAAGGAUGAAGCUGUUUAGCACCGAUGAGAGCUGAAAAAUUGUCAGUGAUAAUAAUAGUAGCAAUAAAUUUGCGGCAACUGGAACAAUAAAGAUGGUUUAAUCAAGCUCGUGUGUAGAAACUUAUCCAACGCGGAUGGAUACAGUGGAAAUCACUUCAAACAUGGAACAACGGAAAAGGUUAGACUGAAGAUUUUUCAAAAGCAACAAUGUUAUUUCUUUUGAAAAAAUGUUGUUUGUCUUGAAAAAAUUUCAGUUAUGCAAGCAUGCCACUAAUAGCUUUUUGUUUUUA